AUGCACUUCCAAUCGCGUGUGUCCCCAACCAUCGUCCACGGACUUCUCUUCGCUAAAGACUGCGGCCUGAAUACAAAUACUGAAGGAGACAUGCAAAGGAGCAUGGAUUUCUUGUCCGUCGCCUGCGAGAACUUCGGUCUGAUCAUCAACAGGGAGAAGGCGGUGGUCAUGCACAAACCGCCACCCAACACAGCCCCCCACAAUUGGCUGCAAAUCAGCGUGAAUGCAACCCAACUGCAAGUGCUGGACAACUUUACGUAUCUGGGCAGUACCAUGUCCCUAAGCACCAAAAUCGACGACGAAGUGGCCCGCCAGAUUUCGAAGGUCAGUCAAGCCUUCGUUUGUCUUCAAAACACAGUUUGGAAUCGUCACGGUCUUCAACUCAGCACGAAACUGGAGAUGUACGAGGACGUCAUUCUCCCGACUCUGCUGUAUGCAGCAGAGACUUGGACGAUGUACACGAAGCAGGCAGGCCGAUUCACCCACUUCCACAUCAGUUAUCUCCACCGGAUACUGAAGCUGAGGUAG